UGGGAUUCUGAACGGCGCUCGAUGGCUCUGCUAUCGCUGCUCCGCUCUCACUGAAUGGCGGCCGGGAGCGAGGAGGAGGAAAACCCGGGAGGCAGAGCGCUGUGUCUCCUCCUUUGAACUAAAGUUAAAAAAAAAAAAAAAAGGAAAGAAAACAUCUGCAUCACCAGCUUCCCCAGCGAGGCGCUAAAACCUUUGGUGGUGUGCGUAGGCGCACCAUGGCCCAAACCCUCCAGAUGGCGAUCCCAAACUUUGGCAACAACAUUUUAGAGUGUCUGAACGAGCAGAGGCUGCAGGGCCUCUACUGCGAUGUCUCCGUUGUGGUCAAGGGCCACACCUUCAAGGCUCAUCGAGCUGUUCUGGCUGCCAGCAGCUCGUAUUUCCGGGACCUUUUCAGCAGCAGCAGCAAUGGUUCGGGCGGUAACGGCAACGAGACGAGCCCCACUGUAGUCGAGCUUCCACCGGCUGUGCAGCCUCAGAGCUUUCAGCAGAUUCUGGCUUUCUGCUACACAGGUCGCCUCAGCAUGACAGUGGGAGACCAGUUUCUCCUCAUGUACACUGCUGGCUUCCUUCAGAUCCAGCAAAUCAUGGAAAAAGGCACUGAAUUUUUCCUCAAGGUAUCCUCCCCUAGCUGUGACUCCCAGGGCCUUCACGCAGAGGAAACCCCACCAUCUGAGCCCCAGAGCCCCGUGACGCUGACCGGUAACGGCGCGGUCAGGCCUCCCUCCUGCCUCACUCCGCUACCUCUUGUUUCACGAGUCAAAGCGGAGCAGCCAGCCAACCAGACAGAAGCAGCCGCUCCUUAUUCUGUAGUUUGUACCCCCGUAGCCAAGCGGCUGUGGGAGGGUGGCAGCAGCCGAGAUGGAGGAGGCGGAGGCUCGGGCGGAGGAGGAGGGGCCAGAAAAGCAGCCCGUUACUCCCAGGAAGCAGUGCGGGGCAGUGCGAUCCAAAGCCCCGGAGCUCUUGGACUGGCCAUGGGCAUGAAUGCUACCACAACAAGCCUGGCGGGGAUGGUGUCCGGUGGCGGGAGUAGCGGAAGCGCCAGCACCAACGGGAACUCUGCAACAGGGCUCGGCGUGUCCGAGGGUGCCAGCCCCGGGACUCUGAGUACCUAUGCUAGUGACUCACCCAUCAGCUACCAUGACGAUGAAGAGGAAGAAGAGGGGACAGAUGAAAGUGCUGAAGAGCAGUACAGGCAAAUCUGCAACAUGUAUACCAUGUACAGUAUGCUCAACAUGGGUGCUGCAGCUGGCGAGCGGGUGGAGGCUCUACCAGACCACACAGAGACCCGGGGCCGGAUGAGAGGCCGAGACCUUACGUGUCUCCCUGCAGAACUCAUUGCUCAGAUAGGCAACCGCUGUCAUCCCAAACUGUACGAGGAAGGAGACCCUGCUGAGAAGCUCGAGUUAGUCUCAGGUACUUCUGUGUACAUUUCACGAGCGCAGCUCAUGAACUGUCAUGUGAGUGCUGGGACUAGACACAAGGUGCUGCUGAGAAGGCUGCUGGCUGCCUUCUUUGACAGGAAUACUCUGGCUAACAGCUGCGGAACGGGGAUCCGAUCGUCCACCAACGACCCGAGCCGCAAGCCCCUGGACAACAGAGUGCUCCAUGCUGUCAAAUUUUAUUGCCAGAAUUUUGCCACCAGCUUCAAAGAGAGCGAGAUGAACGCCAUCGCAGCGGACAUGUGCACCAACGCCCGCCGCGUGGUGCGGAAGAGCUGGAUACCCAAGCUGAAGCUGCUGAUGGCCGAGAGCGACGCCUACUCUGCCUUCCUUCCCGACGGUGUCAAGACGGAGGACGACACACUGGGGGUAGAUCCGGGCUUCGAUCCUGGCUCGCUGGAAAACACGGCUGCGAUCGGUAUGGAGUCCGGCGGCUCUUCUGGUGAAUCUCUGCAAGGUGUCGGCGCGGAUGGAGGGCCAUUAUUUUGAACAUGCGGCUCGGGGAAGGUGGAAGUCUGGCGACACGCCUACCUGUAUUCCCCCAGUUGUGCUUGCCUCCUCACUUUUGGGC